UAUAACGUACACGACUAUAAAAAAAAUUUAAACUAAAAAAUUCUUAUACAUACCAAAAUUGUUAAAAAUUGCAUCAGUACACCCAUUAAUAAGGUGUAUUGUAGAAGCACCCAAAAAUUUAUUAUAAUAAUAAUAAUAAUUUUUUUCUUCUUUUUAUUCCUUUUUCCCGCGCUUUAAAAACCUCACCCUUAUUUUUAUUUUAUUUUAUCCUUUAUUGUCUGCCAAAGUCUCAUAUAGUCAAAGUUCUGUGCUCUGCCUUUUCUCAUUAAAAUCCACACUCUCUCUCUUUCAAACCACUUUCAGUUUUAACUUCUUCUUCGUCUUCAUCAGACUCCUUUCUUUAUUUGUUUUUUUUUUUUUGAAACAGGACUCCUUUCUUUAUCUAAACCCAUUAUUUUUUUUUUCUUUUCAUUCUUUUUUCUUUUGCUUUUAUGUCCACUCAAGUCUAGCCCCUUGAGUACUUCUUAGCGUCUUACAUCUGAUUACUCUCAGAUUCUUUGUUUGAUUUUUAUUUAUUUCCAUUUUAUUAUAUGGAUACUGUGAGACCAAAAUCUGCUGUGUCCAACAAGAGCAAACUAGCUCGGACUUUUCAGAAAGUGAUCAAUCUUAGAACGUCCACUAGAAUCUCCUCCAACAAUGGCAUCUGCUUGCUUACUCCUCAAGGUUGUAGAGUUAAAGAACAUGAAGAUGAUGAUGGCAAUGUUAAUGGUGCUUUUGAUAAUAAGUCAAAGCACUUUGAUAAGACCAAUGACGACAUUACAAGGGCUCGAAACAGAGCAAUCAUGGAAGCUCUGGUGGCCAAGCUUUUUGCUGGUAUAACCUCCAUCAAAGCAGCUUAUGCAGAACUUCAAAUGGCUCAGAACCCUUAUAAUAGUGAUGCCAUUCAGGUGGCUGAUUUGGCCGUGGUCAACGAGCUUAGAGCCAUAUCAGAGCUCAAACGAAGCUUUUUAAAAAAAGAACUUGAUCUGUCGCCACAGGUAACGAUAAUGCUCGCUGAGAUUCAAGAACAACAGGGCUUAAUGAAGACUUACCAAAUAACCAUUAAAAAGCUCGAGGCCGAGGUCAACCGGAAAUGUUUGAAUCUUUCUGGCCUCAAGAAAAACCUUGAGGACUCUGUUUCUCUGAACAAGUCCUUAGAGAAAAAGCUGAAUUUAAGUGGGCCACUUUCGAUCUUUGAUACCCUCCUGAUUUCCGCUCUGAACCCAGCCCAUUUUGUUGAGUUUCUCAACGACUUGACUCUCAGAUCAGUAAGGAGCUUCGUCAAGAUCUUGGUACGGGAAAUGGAAUCCGCGAAUUGGGAUCUCGAGGCCGCCGUCAAGUUUAUCGAGCCCGAAGCUUCCUUCUCAAAACAGAGUCACCGGUGCUUCGUUUUCGAAUCGUUUGUCUGUAAAACCAUGUUUGAAGGCUUCAACGACCCAGCCUUCAACAUCCGCGGCGGCGAUUCCCCUGUUUGCUCUGACUCCGUUGUUUUCUUCGACCGAUUCAAGAAGCUAAAAUCCGUAAGCCCGAAACACCUCUUUACCCAGAACCCAAACUCCUCUUUCGGAAUGUUCUUGAGGACCAAGUAUCUCCAACUGGUUCAUGCUAAAAUGGAGUGUUCCUUUUUUGGGAAUUUAAACCAGAGGAAGAUGAUGACGUCAUGCGGGUACCCGGAAACGCCAUUUUUCUCGGCUUUCGCCGAUAUGUCAAAGCGAGUUUGGCUUCUCCACUCUUUAGCUUUUUCUUUUGGCCAAGAAGAUGGAGAAGUUACAAUUUUUCAAGUUAGAAAAGACUCCAGAUUCUCUGAGGUUUAUAUGGGGUGUGUGAACCAAGAAGUACUAUUCCCUGCCGGCGAAAUCGACGCCAACCCGGAAGUGGAGCUCAGAGUGAAUUUCACGGUUGUUCCGGGAUUUAAGAUCGGCAAAACGGUGAUUCAGAGCCAGGUUUAUUUAUCGCCGGCAAAUCGCCGCCGGUGAUUUCUUUCUUCAACCAUUAUUUUGUUUAUUUAUUUAUUUAAAAAGAAAAAACCUUCCAUUUCAUGUUCUUUAAAGGAUAGCCUCCACGCGCUCAUUGCAUCCUUCGGCAUUAAAUACUUGGGGACUCUGCCCACUUGAAUGUGUGCCGUCUGAUUAAGGCAAGUUGUUAUGAUCAGGCGGUGUAACGGCGGUAAUAGUUAGUGAAAACGGAAGUGUAUAUAACGUGGUCGGCUUCUGAAAGUUGGCAGGGGUAACUAAUUCCUACGUGUUUGGAGGAGUGCGGCGGCGCGUGAGCUGCACGAACUUUGUGUAGGAUUUGAGUAGCUGUAGAGUUUUACUACUUGAGUAACUAUUGCGGUUGGAGAACAGGGGCUACGUGGGGUCCACAAUGUGACGGGGCAUAAAGACGGUAUGAUGUGGGGACUAUAAUUAAUCCUUUAAUAAAAAGAAAAAUCAUAAUUAAUCGAAGACACUGGUUUAAUACGGUGUGGCCUGCUGUGGGACUAGGGGUCUACAUUGUCUUUUUCUUUUACAAUAUUUGUUAGUGGAAAAUGGUGGGGAAGGAUAUUAAUGAUUAAUGUAACGUUGUUGUACAAGUAUCUACUUAUAAUAAUAUAUAAUGAACAACAGAAAAAAAAAAACAAUAGGGAAGACCACUUUCACCUCUUAA